AUGGCGGAAGUGAAUGCCCAACAAGUGUAUCGUCAUCAACUCAAAGGCCGGGCGCAAAAUGUACCAAUGACACAAUACAGUCGACCGUCGAGAUCCAGACAAAUGAUAGAGGAAAGUGAAACGAGGGACGAUGGAGAGAGAUACGGGGCGGGCGCUUCCUCGACCAAAUUGCCCCAGCAGUGCCGUGCAAUUCAAGAUAAUGCAAUGAUUAGUGUUCCAUCGGAGGGCAUUAUUCAAAUCGAGAUUGCAAGAGAGUCAAUACCGGGAAUUGCAUUCUCCCGCCUAUCGUCUUUGCUUGACGCACAACAUCAGCGUGGAGGACACACAUUACAAAUCGACUACAUCCACGCGGAAUCAUCCUUUUCUCGAUCACCGUUGGUUCCUGGAUUGGUGGUUCGAGAGAUCAACAACCAGAAAAUGAUUCAACAAUCGCCACAGGAUGCACAACGAGAACUGGUGAAUGAGUACUACCCUACGACACGAAUACAGGUGUACGGCUACACUGGCGUAGCAUACAAACCACAGAAGUCAACUCGGCUCGGUCUCGUAUUGAAGGAUUCUAGCACGGCAGAAGGUGUCUAUAUAUCCACCAUUAAGCGUGAUAGCAUCUUUUGGGGAGCGGGCUUGAAGGCUGGCCUGAAAGUGGUAUCCAUCAACAAACGACCCUGUCCAAAGGAUAUCCUCAAAGCAAUCAAGAGGCUGCAAAGAACAACAGGAUUGCUUGAAAUUGUUGCUGUGGAAACAAAAAGACUGCAAGGGGAGAGCCAAAGCGAAAUCAGUAGCAGAGAAGAGGUUCAUUGUUCUUCUUUGCGUCAAAUUGAGGACGUAUGUCAUCUCGAAGACGAAGGACCAAUAUUGUAUCAGCAUGAGAAAAUGCGUGAGCCGGUGCAUAUCAUCUCUCUCCUACAUAUUGAAGAACCACCUCUUUCCCAAGACUUUGAUAUCAUGGAUCAGAACUCGUUGGUUCGCACGACAGAGGAUGAUUCCACGGAUGGCUCCGUGGAGUCCCAAACUACCAUCACGAGAACGUCUAAUGCAAGAAACGAUUUCCGGUUGACUUCAUCGCCAGAACAAGUUCGUCCAUACUCCACAAGGAAAGAGUCUAGGGAUGCAUCGGACUCGGAUGACCCCGGUCCUUUGCUAGCAUGCGUUGACGACCCCAUGCUUUGCAGUGCCUUUCUCGAUGAAGUGGCGGAGUUCGUAAGGGAACACACCGCUAUGCUUGACAAGGCGGUGCGCAAACAUCUGGGAAAAGAACGAUCCGACCAGCUCCUGGGAGAAAAGGGGACUUCUCAAUGGCGUGUGGUAGAUGUUCGACAAUAUUCCCAAAUCGAGAGUAUGCCAUCCAUCGUCGUUGGGUCAGUGGAUCACCCUACUCCACCAAUGAUGUUGGGAAUUGCAUCAGCCAGACCGUGUUAUUCUCCCCUCUACGACAAGGUGAUUAACAAGAAUAAAUCUCUUGUCAGCGUCAAAGUGCCACAAGAUAUGAUGCUUAGCGGUGCUUCCAGGCGGCGAGAUAUUUCGGCCACUUCGAGACCACGUCAUUCGCAACACGGCCUGGAGGAAGAUCCUGGGUUGAUCGUCACCGGGCUCGAAAUGAACUUUACCGACAAGGCAGUAUUCGUUGCAAAGGACUCAAAACGAGUCAGGGGAGGCGAUAACAUUGCCAUGGCGGUGCUCCUUUUCGCUGACAAUACGCUAUUGAAGAUGGACAAGGUUUGCUUCUCGCAAGGGGUUUGA